AUGAGUUCAUUCAAUAGCUUUGGAAAGGGAGAACUAAGGUCGAACUCGGCUAUUGCAACCACUGGGUUAUCAUCUUCAAACAAUAAUGGUUCUUCAUCAUCGUGUAGAGAUAGUUUUGUUCCUAUCAGGAAAAAGCCUGGAUCUUCAUCAUCAUCAAGAAGAGCACCCAAACUAGCUAAUUUAUCUUCCUUCUCAACAACAGCAUUGUUGGAUAAGAGCCCUCCUAUGGGAUCAAAUAAUAAUACAAUCCAUCACGAUUUUCCAUCAAAUCAACAGCAACAACAACCUAGAACUACAAUUAAUGUUACCUCACCAAAUAAUGAUACCAAUGUAAAUAUAAAUGAUUUGGGAUUUAUUCCAGUCUCUACUAGGAAUAUCAAUACACAAAACAAUUCCAAAUCUAAUAGUGGAUUUCUAAGCAAUAAUACUUCUUCUUCUUCGGCUAAUACUCCAUCAGCUUCAACCGAAUCAUCACCAAGAUCGUCACAUAUUACUCUGCCUGACAUUUCAGUUGGCAGGUCUAACAAGUCUCAAAAUGAAAGGGAAAGAAAACACAAUUUAUUAAUGAAAGAGGAUCAAGAGUUCAUUGAGAGAUUAAAACAAAAAGUGAUGGACCAACAGGCAGAAAUUGAGAAGAGCAAUGGUUCUUUGGAACAAAUUCAACGAAAUUUUGAACAAUUAUCAUCCAUGUAUAGAAGUAAGUAUCUUUGA